AUGGUGCUUUUGCAGUUCCUGCUGAACAACUAUGAUAUGAAGCUGCUUGGUACCAAGGAAGAAAUGCUGAGGGUUAUUAACAAGGAUAUGAAAAAAGAUUUUCCGGAGAUCCUCAGGAAAGCCUCUGAGAAACUCGAAGAUAUCUUUGCUGUUGAACUGAGAGAUGUCGACUCCAAUGGUCCUUCAUACGACCUUAUCAACAAACUAAACCUCCCCAACAAUGGGAGGGUUCGUGCUGGCAAGGGCUUACCCAAGACCGGUUUCCUGAUGAGGAUCCUGGAUAUCAUCUUCAUCAGGGGUAACUGUGUCAGUGAAGAAGACAUCUGGAAAAUCUUGAAGAAGCAGCAAAUCUAUCCUGGGAAGAAACACUGCGUCUUUGGAGAGCCCCGGAAGCUCAUGACCCAGUAUUUGGUGAGGCUAAAGUACCUGGAGUACUGGCAGGUGGCCGGCAGUGAUCCUCCAAGCUAUGAGUUCCUGUGGGGUUCCCAAGCCCACACUGAAAUAAGCAAGAUGAAAGUCCUGGAGCUUUUGGCCAAGCUUAACAAUACACCUAGUGUCAUCUCAGCCCUUUAUGAAGAGGCUUUGCAAAAACCACAAGAGCAUGUAGAAGUUGGAGAUGAAGCUAAUCCUGUUACCACUGCCCAAGCUAGUGAAGUUCCUACAGUAGACUGUCCAGAAGCUUCUUCCAACCAUGUUGACACUUCAAAAAGGAGACCUCAUAGGCUCUGCCCCCUGCUUGGUCCUCUCAAGAGCACCAGAACAUGGUGGUUAGAUCCAGAGGCCAUUAACUUCCCCAAGUGUCUCAAGGAACGGAGCCCUAGGCAGGAGGCUGGUGGACUCAUGAAGCAGAAGGGGAAAUUUUGGGGUCCUCGUGUAUUACAGAUAAGCUUAUCAAGAAGAUCUGCAGGAUUUCUUCCUCCAGAACUGGUUGGGUCUGGGGCAGACGAGCUGUCAUGCCUAGGGGCCACAAAAAUAAGGGCCGCUUUCAUGCCAAAAGUCUUCCUGCACGGGGCGGGGGGGGGGCAGGUUAGCCAGCGUGCUCAGCCAGCUGCAGAGGAGGAGCCAGCAUCUCCUCCUGUUGUCCAAAAUGAUACCUCAAGCUCUGCUGAUGCCCACACCCCCCAGGGAGCUGCAUCCCCUAGUUUUCCUGAUGCAGGCGUGUCCUGGACAGGAUCUGAUGUAGAUGCUAAGGGUUCUAAUACAGGUGCUGAUGAGGAAAGUUCAAGUGUCUGCCAGGCAGCACUCCCCAGUCAGCCAAUAUGCAGAGAUAUUCUCACCAGGAAAGCCAGUAUCUUGGUUGAGCUCCUGCUGCAGAAAUUUCGGAAGAGUGAGUACUUUACAGUUGCUGACAUGCUGAAGGUGGUCAGCAAAAACUUCAAGACACAGUUUCCUCACAUUCUUAGAAAGACCACCAGUCGCAUGGAGUUGGUUUUUGGCAUGCAGCUGAAGGUAAUCAAUUCCACUAACCACUCCUAUGCCCUUGUCAGCAAGCUAGGCCUCUCUGCUCAAGAAAUUCUAAGUGGCAAGAGAGGUUUGGCCAAGAUGGGUCUCUUGAUGACCAUCUUGGGUGUGAUCUUUACAAAUGACAAUCGUGCCAGCGAGGAAGUGAUCUGGGGAUACCUAAAUGUGUUGGGAGUAUAUGCGGGCAGGAAGCAUUUAAUCUUUGGGGAGCCCUGAAGUCUCAUCACCGAAGAUCUGGUUAAGCAAAACUACCUUGAGAUCCACAAGGUGCCUGAUAGUAAUCCACCAAGCUAUCAUUUCCUGUGGGGUUUCCACUCCCACAUUGAAAGGAGAAAAAUGAAAGUUCUGGAAGUUUGUGCUAAGAUCAAUGAUACUGUUGCUAGUGACUUUCCAAGUCAGUAUCAAGAAGCUCUUAGAGAUCAAAUAGAGAGAGCGGAAAGGAGAGCUGCAGCUUUGGGUUGCCCAGUUGCUAAUACCAAGGUUUCACCCUCCUGCAAGCCUGGCAGCUCCUCCCACACUUAG